AGGACGCCGGGGCUCCGGGAGGUGGGAGCGCCCCCGCCUCCGGCUGCGGCGCUUCCGUGCUGCGCGCGGGUCGCCGCUGCAGCCGGCACAGCUGGAAAGCACCUUGCGCAAGGGUCUCACGCGGCGCCGCCUCGCGACUCCUCCCCCUUCCUCCUCCUUCCCGGAUCCCUAGCGCGCGAGCCGGGCCAGUCCCGGCAGUGCGCGGGGAGGCAGGGACCCGCUGUCACCGCGCCUCGCGCCGCGUGCGCCACCCGCACGGCUGCACUCUCGCUGCCCGGCCCCGACUCUCUGGAGAGCCCGACAGUGAUGGAGUUCAUGAGCACCGGAAGUGACAACAAGGAAGAAAUCGAUUUAUUAAUGAAACACUUGAACGUGUCCGAUGUAAUAGACAUUAUGGAAAAUCUUUACGCGAGUGCAGAGCCGGCGGUUUACGAACCCAGCCUGAUGACCAUGUGUCAGGACCGCAGCCACAACACGGAGGAGCGGUCCGAGUCCCUGCUGCUCAGUGGCCAGGAGGGGCCUUGGCUGUCUUCGGUCAGAUACGGAACAGUGGAGGAUUUGCUAGCUUUCGCAAACCACAUAUCCAACACCGCCAAGCGUUUAUACGGACACCGACCACAGGAAUCCGGUAUUUUAUUAAAUAUGGUAAUCUCUCCCCGGAACGGACGCUAUCAAAUAGACUCUGAUGUUCUUCUCAUCCCUUGGAAGCUGACUUACAGGAAUAUUGGCUCCAAUUUCAUUCCUCGGGGGGCCUUUGGAAAAGUGUACUUAGCACAAGACAUGAAGACUAAGAAAAGAAUGGCGUGUAAAUUGAUCCCCGUAGAGCAGUUUAAGCCAUCUGACGUGGAAAUCCAGGCUUGCUUCCGGCACGAGAACAUCGCUGAGUUAUACGGCGCGGUUCUGUGGGGCGAAACUGUCCAUCUCUUUAUGGAAGCAGGCGAGGGAGGGUCUGUCCUGGAGAAGUUAGAAAGCUGUGGACCCAUGAGAGAAUUUGAGAUUAUUUGGGUGACAAAGCAUGUUCUCAAGGGGCUUGAUUUUCUGCACUCAAAGAAAGUGAUUCACCAUGACAUUAAACCCAGCAACAUUGUUUUCAUGUCCACAAAAGCUGUUUUGGUAGAUUUUGGUCUAAGUGUCCAAAUGACUGAAGAGAUCUAUUUUCCUAAGGACCUCCGAGGAACAGAGAUUUACAUGAGCCCCGAGGUGAUCCUGUGCAGGGGCCAUUCCACCAAAGCAGACAUCUAUAGCCUGGGGGCCACACUCAUCCACAUGCAGACGGGCACCGCGCCCUGGGUGAAGCGCUACCCACGCUCGGCCUACCCCUCCUACCUGUACAUAAUCCACAAGCAGGCGCCUCCCUUGGAGGACAUUGCUGAAGACUGCAGUCCUGGCAUGAGAGAGCUGAUCGAGGCCGCCCUGGAGAGGAACCCCAACCACCGGCCCAGGGCAGCAGACCUGCUGAAACAUGACGCCCUGAACCCCCCCAGGGAGGAUCAGCCCCGCUGUCAGAGUCUGGACUCUGCCCUCUUUGAGCGGAAGCGGCUGCUGAGCCGAAAGGAAUUGGAGCUUCCUGAGAACAUUGCGGAUUCUUCAUGCACCGGGAGCACUGAGGAAUCGGAGAUGCUAAAGAGGCAGCGUUCUCUCUACAUAGACCUUGGGGCCUUGGCUGGCUAUUUCAACCUUGUCCGGGGUCCACCAACACUAGAAUACGGCUGAUGGAUGGCGGCGUUUGCCCUAAAUCAGGACCCAGCGUGUAUCGAUCUCUGGGAAGCUGAUUCCGCUGACUGCACAGGGGCUCUGUUGAGUGAAGUGUGCGAGUAUCGGCUGGGCUCCCACGACUCAUGAAUGUGACUCCACGUGGCUCCUGUGUGUUUUUUUCUGGAGCUGCCCUGGCCCCCACCAGGCUGGAAGGUUCUCAUUUCUCAGGUGGUACUUCUGACUGAAAGGAAGCUGAGCGUUCAUGGAGGGAUCGUUUCCGGUGACUGAUUUCAUUCACUGUGCACUUUGCUCACAAUUUUAAAAAUACCAAUCACAAGGGUAAUGUAUUAGCCUAAAACUACUAUUCUCGGUUCUAAUUUAAGUAUGGGAACUUCAUUUAACUCAGAAUAGUUUGGUGUAUAUUGGUGUAUAUUGUAUGAUAACUCUCUGAGCCUUUGUCAGGAAAUUGCAGUAUAAAUGAAAGUCUUUAUAUUUGGGGUGAAUAGAACAACUUGAAUAUUGUAGCAAUAAGCUGAACUAGUGUCUUAAAAAUGGCUAACUGAUUAAUUAAAAGCCAUCUGACAGCAGGCCACUAGUGAUGGGUUCUGUUAUGUUCCUAUGGAAACAUUUUGUACUGUACAUGCUAUGCUUCAAACAUUUAAAACUUGAUGUUUUGAAUGUGGGUAAAACUGUGUUAAACCACAUAAUGUCUGUACAUCCCAAAGGAUGAGAAUGUGACCUUUAAGAAAAAUGGAAACUUUUAUAAAUUUUAAAUGAUGCUACUCUUAUAAUUCUUAUCUCUCUUUCCUUUAAAGCAUUUGUAUAUUGAAAUAGCAUACUGUGUAUGUUUUAUAUCAAAUGCCUUCAUGAAUCUUUCUUAUUAAAUAUAUAUUUUUAA